AUGGCCCACCAGUCGCCUCUGCUUGUGAUCCCGCGCAAGACCACGACGGACACGGACUGGGCGGGGCCCAUCCGGUCCACGAUUGCGCACUCGUUUGGCGAGAGCCCCGACACCUAUGCCGAGGAGAUUAGUACCCUCCAGCGGUGUCGACAGGAUGCCGUGCGUGGUGCUGGAAGCGACAGCACUGCCCGCGACCUCUUGUACAAGUACUUUGGCCAGCUCGAGCUGCUCGAGCUGCGGUUUGCCGAGAUCAAGGUGUCUUUUGGAUGGAACGAUGCGUUCACUAGCAAACUCACGACACAGACGUCGUUGGCAUUUGAAAAGGCGUCCAUUAUCCACCUCCUUUCGUCGGUCCUGUCGUCCUUGGCGUCGUCUCAGAGCCGCGCCGACCCAGAGGGCCUGAAGCGGAGCUACUUCAACUCUCGCGCGACCGCAGGCAUGUUGACGUAUAUCAACGAAAACUUCUUGCACGCACCCAGCACCGACUUGUCCCGCGACGUCGUGCACCUCCUCAUCAACCUGAGCUUGGCCCAGGCCACCGAGGUGUUUAUGGAAAAGCUCGUCGAGGAACACAAAGCCCCAGGACUCGUUGCGCGUACCGCCAACCAGGUCGCGGGCAUGUAUGGUGGGCUGGUGGAUGAGAUGCGCGAGUUCCAAGGAAAGGGCGUGUUUGACCGGAACUGGAUGUACGUGCUCCAGACAAAGGCCAAGCUGUUUGCCUCGGUGGCACAGUACCAGAAGGGCCGGGCAGAUGAAGCGAGCGGCAAGCACGGCGCUGCGCUGGUGCGGUUCAAGCAGUCCGACACGCUUGCGCAGGAGGCUCAACGACUGGCCAACACGUUCAACUAUGGCUUUGUUGCCAGCACACCUCCCACCAUGCCCCACGACGCCGGCACGAGCUUGCUUGAAAUCGCAAAGGCCCACGCGACCUUGUGUGCCGAGGCCAAGGUCCAGGCGACCAAGGACAACGACCUCGUCUACCACGACAUUCUCCCCUCUGAGGCUGCCCUUCCCCCCAUCGACAAGCUUCCGCCCGCGACCCCCAUCACUAUCCAGGAGGUGUACGGCAACCCCGACGUGAGCAAGCUCAUCGGCCCCGACAUCUUCCUCCGCCUCAUUCCCUUGGCGGUCCACGAGUCGGCCUCGGUCUACUCUGAAGAAAAGGCAAAGCUCGUCCGCGCCGAAGUGGAGCGGACGGAACUGUCCGAGGUCGAGGUACGCGCUGCCCUGGAACACCUUGGUCUGCCCGCCGCAGUCAACCAGUGGCGUCGACUCGCAGAGGGCGAGGACGCCGACGGAGAGGUGGAUGUCAACCCGGAGGUCAUUCGGAUUGCCACCGAGGUGUCCCAGGCGGGAUCCAGCGACGCCCGUGUGCGGCAGCUCGAGGGUGAGCGCACUCGCCAUGAACGCGAGCUGCAGGAACUCGCGGCCGAACUGGAUACCGAGUCACGCGAGUGUGAGCGUGCGCGCGCCAAGUAUGCGCCGCAGUUUACGCAACCGCCCAGCGGCCAGCAGACGGCUCAUUUCCGCCAAAACAUCUCUUCCAACCUUACUUCCCUCGCCAGCGCCGCUGCGUCAGAUGGCCAAAUUGUGUCUCUUUGGCGCGAGAUCCAGCCCGACAUGGCCGUCCUGGGUGCUGGACCCGAGGGCGUGCGCGCACAGGCCAAGGACGUUGCCGCGGGCAAGAACAAGGUCGCCGAGGUUCCGGCUGGCAUGAGCCUCCUCGACCUCGAGGAUGAGGAGCAGGUCAAACAGCGCAUGGACGCCGGCGAGCAGGAAGAGCUGCGCAAGGCCGUGGCCGAGGCGACUGAGAAGCUGGACCGUCUGACCAAGAUCCGUCACGAGCGUGACGAGGUCCUCAAAGACCUCAAGGAGAAGAUUCAGAACGACGACGUGUCCAACCUUCUCUUGCUCAACAGGCGGUCACAGAAUGUCGAGCCGCAGCUUUUUGCUACCGAGUUGGAAAAGUUCCACCCUUACCAGUCCCGCCUCGCCGCCACUAUUGCUGCCAGCAAGUCCAUCACCACCGAGCUCGAGGCCCUGGUCGGUACCGUCGAGCGCGGCAAGACCGUGCGCGAGCGCAACCGCGGAGCCAAGGAGCAGGCCAAGCGCGUGCGCGACUGGGAACGCAGGCUCGAGAGGUCGGGCACGAGCCAUGCCGAGGUCGUUGCUGGUCUCGGCAAGGGGUUGGCAUACUACGAAUCGCUCAACCAGGUCGUUGCAGACCUGAAGCGCGAAGUGCGUGGAUUCCUUAGCUCGCGCGACGCCGAGCGGUCCCGCAUGGUGUCCGAGAUUGAGACUCGUAACCGUAUCGCAUCCUCGGCUACCGCUCCCCCAGUACCCGCCGCCCCGUCUCCCGCCUCGGGUUCGCGCGGCCUGGACUCGCAGCUGUCUGGACUGAGUCUGUCAGGUGUCGGCGGUGGAUCUCCCCGCGCUCCGGCAGCGUACGGCUCGACGUCGCCUCCUCCCAGCUCGAGUGCCUACCCCUCCCCACCCGCAUCGGCACUGUUCCCUCCUCCACGCAAUCCUAGUUCCCCAGGAGCCGCGCACAACCCUUACGACUUUUCUUCGCUCGGCUCAUUCAACUCGGCAUUCAACACCGCCCCGCCACCCACUGCUUCGUCGCCUUCCCAACCGUCGGCUUACCCAGCCGCACCCUCGCCGCCUGCGCCACAGCGCCAAGCUUCGAGUGGAUACAACUACCCUUCCUUCCCGUCAGCCCCCUCGGCGCCACCUACAUCUUCCGCCUUGCCUCCCACGACCUCACCGUACCCGCCGCCUCCAGGCCAGUACCGCCCGUCGACAGCGGCCUACCCAUCCCCCCCUCCCACAACGUCUGCGUACCCGCCUCCUCCUCCCUCGAGGCCAAGCUACGGCGCUCCGCCAGCUCAACCUCAGGCGCCGAGCGGAUAUCCGUCGUAUGCGCCUCCUCAGACGCAGCAGCAGCAGCAGCAACCACAGCAGCAGCAGCAACAAUACGGCAGCUACCCACAGCCCCCGCAACAACAGCCCCAGAGGCCCGCGUACCCGUCCUACGCACCGCCGACUGCAUACCCCCAGCCGCCUCAGCAGCCUGCGUAUGGCCAGCCCCAAGCUCCCCAGCAACCUGUAUAUGGCCAGCCCCAAGCGCCCCAGCAGCAGCCCGUAUACGGCCAGCCUCAGCAACCUCCACAGGGAUAUGGCGGAUAUCAGCCUCCAGCGCAGUAUGGACAGGGCCAGGGCCAGGGACAAGGUGGAUAUCAGUACCGCUAA